UCUCUUUCAGGGUAGUCGACACGGGGCUUUAAGAAUUGUCGAUAGGAACGAGUACGAGCGUGUCUGUAGCCAAACAAGCACGAAGAUGACGACCAGAACAUACGACAAACACACCCACGUCUACAAGACGCACUUCACCACAGAGAUCCAGCUCGACGUGUACCUUCCUCCCGGCAAGGACUCGAGAACUCCUCGGCCAAUUCUCCUGUGGUUUCACGGUGGCUACCUCAUAACAGGCAGCCGUCGAGCGAUCCCCGGCUGGCUCCUCCACCACGCCCUCACCCAGAACUGGACCCUCAUCUCCGCCGACUACAGGGUCCUGCCCGAAUCGACCGGCCUCGCGACCACCGAAGACGCAAUCGCAGCCUACGAAUGGGUGGCCGGCGGCUCUCUCCACCGCCUGCACCGCGACUGCACCGCCAAUCCCGGCCAGAUCAUUCUGGCAGGCGCCAGCGCCGGAGGCUGGUGCGCUCUGGUGACUGCGUUGCACUUUACUUCUCCUUCCCCAGCAGAGCAGACAGGCCAAAUUCCCCUCCCGCCCCCGAAGGCGCUCUGGCUUCUCUACCCGCUGCUAGACCUCGGGAGUCAGAAAUGGGCCCAGAGCGUUCACCUUCCUGGUGCGAGGGCGGUUGAUCGUGCUACAGCGGAAAGCCUUUUACACGAAGUCUCUGAAAGGAUUGCGCGGGGCGAGAUAAGCAUCGGGGAGGAUUUCCCGUCUUCUGAAGAGGAGAUGCGCACGCGAAAACGGCUUCCCUUGCUGUAUUUGCUUCUGGAGCGCGGGGGGUUUCUGGAUUCUCUGACGGGGGAGGCUGGGUUCGGGGAGAGGGUGGUGGGGUUAGGGCUGGACGGGGCGGUCGCGGGGCAUGGGCAUGGGCAUGAUAAUCGCGUGAGGGGGCUUUUCCCGCUGGACUACGGCGUGUUUGGGCCUGGGUUCCCGGCGACGGUAAUUGUGCAUGGGACGGGUGAUCGGGAGGUUUCUUGUGGUGAGAGUGAGAGGCUGGUGGAUAAGUUGCGGGAGGGUUGUGUGGAGGUGCAGUACUUUCCGGUCGAGGGCGCGGAUCAUGUUUUUGACCUGGAGUUGCGGGAGGGUUCGCUAGAACGCAAAGAGGGGGGCGAGGCUGGUGCGACUCUUGUGCGGGCUAUACGCGCGCUGCAAAGGUACCUUGAGAGGUAAGUCGGAACCUGUCCAGAAAUUGGCUCGCUGGCGUUUGCCUCAAUCGACAGGGUUCGCCACUGAAGAGCUCGUCUGAAAGGACAGUAU